GCGGUUGAGGGAGAUGCCUAAACUGGGGGCGGGGCGGAGAGGUGUUUCUCCCACAAGGCCACGCGGCGGGGCCUUGCUUUCCCUUUUCCGCCAUCUUGGACCCUGCGGAGGCCUGCUGGGAACAGGACUUCUAUAAGGACAAAUAUGUCUGGAAGGCUGUGGUCCAAGGCCAUUUUCGCUGGCUAUAAGCGGGGUCUCCGGAACCAGAGGGAGCACACAGCACUUCUUAAAAUUGAAGGUGUUUAUGCUCGAGAUGAAACAGAAUUCUAUCUGGGCAAGAGAUGUGCUUAUGUGUACAAAGCAAAGAACAACACAGUGACUCCUGGGGGCAAACCAAACAAAACCAGAGUAAUCUGGGGGAAGGUAACUCGCGCUCAUGGAAACAGUGGAAUGGUUCGUGCCAAAUUCCGAAGCAACCUUCCUGCUAAGGCUAUUGGACACAGAAUCCGAGUAGUAAGUACAAUUAUAAGCAGAAUACUUGUUGAGUCAAACUAAGCUCAAGCUGUUGGAAGAACUUACGUGAUUAUAAAAUGUAACUAGAAAGAUUAUGCUACAGAAUUAGUGGCUCCUGUGUAACCGUAUUAUGGAACAUAAGGUUCUUGAUAUUAGAAGGAAAGUGAAGGCAAAUUUUUCAAGUGAAUUAUGCCUAGAUUUUAGAUUUUGCUGAAGCUUUGUGGAGGGAAAUAGUAUUUUAAUGAAUAAUUUUCUGCCCUGGCUGGUGUGGCUCAUUUGAUUGGAGCAUCAUUCAGGGCAACAAAAGGUAGUGAGUUUAACUCCCAGGUUUAGGGUUCUAUUCCUGGUUGGGGCAUGUGCAGGAGGCAGUAGAUAGAUGUUUUUCUGUGUCCCCUCCCUUUCCUCUCUCUACGAAAAAAUCAGCAAAAUAAAAUAAAUGAACAAAUUCCUGGCAAAGACAUGUAUUGGACACUAAAAUAGUUGCUAGAAAAUU